CCGGCCUCCUCCAACAUCGAGCUGUCAGUCAGCGCGGAGAGCCCAGCCGGAAACGCUGGAGCUGACCUAACACCAGCGCACAGCUAUUCUGCCCGACUGAUCUCUCUUUCUCUCUUGGAGGAUUGACUAAUACGCAAUAUUUCGCAGCUCAUAGCCAAUUUUGGAGGUUCUGGAUUUGAAAGAGAAGUAAUAGUCCACGCAUAACCUCGGGAUAGUUCAUUCUUGGGUGUGCUGGCCGCUUGGCAAAUGGAUUCAAUGGAUAGCAUGUCACUAGGGGAGCGCCGCAGUGACUGACUUCAGCCGGGCUGGACCAUCUGUAGUCUGGGAGUUGUAUUGCGUGGAGCAUAGGUUCUGCAAUUGGACGUAUCUAACGGGAAUUGAAAUCGAAUGUUAAGUGUUGUGUUGUCAUCUUUGUGUGAGUCAGGUAGGAAGAGCAUAGUCUGUUUGCCAUGUUGCUAGCGUUGUGUUAACUGCUAGCUAAGUUACUGGAGGGGGUUGGUUGGUCGCAGCUGGUGAAUCGUGGGGAAGGAAGGGGAGACUGUCUGGUGAUGAGGGAAGUGUUGCACCAGCGAGAUAGCGAUUAACACACCAAGUUGGACAGUGAACUCUAUGAAUAUUACAAAAUCGUACGGCUUUUUCGAUCUCGCAAGGUUGGAUGCUAGUUACCGUUUCAGGCUUAGAGUAGACAGAUAUCUAGGUUUACUGGUGGCUCACAAGCUAGCAUAAGUUUGCAAGCUAUGUUAGCCAGCUAGCUAAACGUAAAUGUCAGUGAACUGAGAGGCGACCAGGACCCCGACAGCCUGCUUUGUAACGAGUUUUCACUGUGAUAGUGAGUCAGUUAUUAUAGCAAACAUGUCGAUUGCUGCUACAGCUGGCAGCAUUGCUGCAUCUUUUGCGAGCAAAACAAAAACUAAAAAGAAACAUUUCGUGGCCCAGAAAGUGAAGCUGUUCCGUGCCAGCGACCCUUUGCUGAGCGUUCUUAUGUGGGGUGUUAACCAUUCGAUAAAUGAGCUGAGCCACAUCCAGAUCCCCAUCAUGCUCAUGCCGGAUGACUUCAAGGCCUACUCCAAGAUUAAAGUGGACAACCACCUAUUCAACAAAGAGAACAUGCCAAGUCACUUUAAAUUUAAGGAGUAUUGUCCGCUGGUGUUUCGUAACCUGAGAGAGCGGUUUGGCAUCGAUGACCAAGACUUCCAGAGGAAAGAGACCACGAUGCCGCUGCCGCUGCAGGCUGUCCUCGGCCAUCGUCCCGUCCCGGUAGUUCUCGGCUGGCCUGCCUCAGCUUCUGCUCAGGACAGGGCAGGCACGGAACACGGAACACGGAACACGGAACAUGGCUCCAGACCGCGCCAGCUGCCUUGUGCCUCUUGUAACAAUGAGAGAAGGAGAGGAAGGAGAGAGAGAGUUAAAAUGAGGGAGAGAUGGUUUGAGAAUUCUCUGACGCGGAGCGCGCCCUUGACCAGCGAUGCACAGGGCCGCAGUGGUGCGCGAUUCCACACCUCUUACGACAAGAGGUACGUCGUCAAGACCAUCACCAGCGAGGACGUGGCCGAGAUGCACAACAUCCUCAAGAAGUACCACCAGUUCAUAGUGGAGUGUCAUGGCAACACACUUCUCCCCCAGUUCCUGGGAAUGUACCGUCUUACGGUGGACGGCGACGAGACCUACAUGAUUGUCACACGCAACGUCUUCAGCCACAGGCUAUCAGUGUAUAAGAAGUACGACCUGAAGGGUUCCACUGUUGCCAGGGAGGCAAGUGACAAGGAGAAGGCCAAGGAACUUCCCACCUACAAAGACAACGACUUCAUCAACGAUAGACAAAAGAUCUACAUUGACGAGGACAACAAGAAGAUGUUCCUAGAGAAGCUAAGAAAAGAUGUUGAGUUCCUGGCCCAGCUGAAGCUGAUGGACUACAGUCUGUUGGUGGGCAUCCACGACGUGGAGCGUGCCGAGCUGGAGGAGGUGGAGAGCGAGGACAACGAGGAGGGGGACGAGGGAGAGAGCGACGGCGGCGUGGGGACCCCACCAGACAGCCCGAGCAACACGCUGGACAGCAGCAAGCCGCUCUCGCCCGGCGAGUUUGACCCCACCAUCGACGUCUACGCCAUCAGGAGUCACGACGCUGCCCCGAGGAAGGAAGUGUACUUCAUGGCGGUCAUCGAUAUCCUGACGCAUUAUGAUGCCAAGAAGAAGGCAGCCCAUGCAGCCAAAACAGUUAAACACGGAGCCGGGGCGGAGAUCUCCACGGUCAACCCUGAGCAGUACUCCAAACGGUUCUACGACUUCAUCACCGCCAUCCUGCCCUAGCUGGGCUGCCUGGCAACCAGCCUCCCGAGGAGGGGGGGGGGGCACGCCAGAGGAGGGGGGGUAUCGGCCCCACUGAGCUCCACGCCGCAGCUAUACCACCACCAUUCGUUUACAUUUUACUGUUUGCUUUUGUUUCUGUGUUGGUUUUGUUUUGUUUUUGUUUUUUGUGUUGUGAUUUUGUUUUCCUUCAUUUUGUUUUUGGUUUUAAUGGGACCAUGAGCGUGACAAAGGAGAACUCGUGUGUAAGUGGAGACCGUUUGGGGUGGGAAAUUGUGGCUUCUUAUGGCUUCGUAAUGCAUGUCUGUGACUGCGUUGUUUUAAUAUGUCCUUUUGUUGUUGUUGUUGUUGAUGUUAAUGAUGUUGUUAUUAUUCUUUUGCCUACCUUGUUGGAGGUUUGGAGGAAGGAGAUGGACAAUGUAUUUAAAAAAAAAAAAAAAUACUUUACAAAAAAUAAAUAUGAAAACAUUAUAAAUAAUAAUAAAAAACCCAUCCACUGAGGAGUGGACAAGAAGUGCAUCAUCCCCUGCAGGAAGCUUCACCUGCUACCUGGAUGCGAGUCCGGGUCCCUCUAUGCGGAUUCAUGGGACCUGGUCUUCCAUUGAGAGGUGGCAUCUGGCCACCCACAGCGCCCCCUCCUGGUUGGCUCUCCCGGCCCGCCGCUCCCGCUCCUGCACCCGCUCUGCUCACUCUGUUGGCCCCCAUGGGCAUGAUGCCAACCCGGCAUCCAAAGACUUAUUGCGAGGCACCUACUGUCUACUUGCCCCCCAC